AUGAACAAUGCUGUAAACUUCUAUCCAAGAACAUACGGGCCUCCGUCUUAUCCUGGAAUACCGAACAAUUAUGGCAUUACUUCGCCACCUCUUCCACAGUUUUACAAUGCACGCUUCCCACACCCAAUACAAAACUCGGAACCACAACCCGCAUUACCGCCGCCUCAACAACAACAACAACAACAACAACAACAACAGCAGCAGCAGCAGCAGCAACAGUCAUUUGCCAAUCACCAACGACCAGUUAGUCAACAGAAUAAUGAAACAAACAAUUCAUUUAAACUGUAUGACUUAAGUACGAACGUGCAAAGUGAUAUCAUUCGAUUAAUAUUCGCGUUUGUUGGUGUCCCUUAUAAAGACAAGCGUUUGAGAGAAGAUGAAUGGAUGGAAAUAAAAGAACAGAUAUCCUUUCAAGAACUGCCCAUCUUACGUGUAAAUAAUCAGUUUCGAAUCUUUCACUUGCAUGCGAUUAUACGUUAUUUAGCACGAGAAUUCCAUUUAUAUGGAACAGGUAAACAUGAACACGCUAUUGUUGAUAUUAUCACAGAAAUCGCUCGACAAUUACAAAGCAAGAUCUUUGAACAAACUGAUUCGUCCACUCUUGCACAAGAUCAAUCAGUACAAGAAUUGAUAACUGAUUUUGCACUGAAUUAUUUGAAACAAUUCGAAGAACUUUAUACGAUAUUUGAUCGUCGUGGGCCAUUCUAUCUAGGCACACACAUAUCACUGGCUGAUUUAAUUGUUUAUAAUACAACAAACUCUUUGAUUAAAGCUAACACGAAAUUAUUAGAAAAUUACACACGUCUGAAAGAAGCACGUCGACAACUGGAAAAGCAUCCUGGCAUAGCUAAUUUUCUCAAAUCAAAACAAGUUGAUGCGAAUAAAACGCAUCGUCAUAGAUCACCACAUUCGCAUCGCCGUCGAACAAAAUCACCAACGCCGCAUGAAGGUUCUCAUCGCCAUCGCCAUCGAAGCCAUCGGCGUCGAUCUGAUGAAAGACGCAGAUCAAGCCACCACCAUCAUCAUCAUCAUUGCCUGUAUCAUCAACGACAACGAUCUAAAGAACCAGCAGCAUCAUUACAGUCGAAACAUCAAUCAGAAAAAUCAUUACAAUCACCGAUCUUGGUGGCCAAUGAAAAAGAUUCAAUAGCACCAACUGUGCCAACUUCUGUUCCUCCUCCCGCGCCACCUCUUCCUCCUCCUCCUCCUCCACCCUUGCCUGCUGCACAAACAAAACAGCAAGUGUCAAGAGCAUUGAAAUCUCCAAGUGUCAUAAAAAAAGACAAAGAGCAAACAGCAUUACCACACACAAAACAGCGUCUUAUCCGAACAUCAAUAUCUCCUAGUUUGGCAAGAGCCGAAAAAGGUUCAGUUCCACCAACAGCUGAAAUCAUUCCACCGCCACCACCCAUUCUCAAAGACUCGAAAGCUGAAUCGAAAGCCAAAUAA